AAUCUGUUGACGUACUUUGCGGUGGGUGGUACGUCAUCCACAGCUCCAAAAGUGGUUAUCUGUCUACACGAGAUUAUGCCAAACUACACAGACGACGAAGAACUUCAUAGAGACCAAGUUCCUGUGAUAUCAACCAUAGAAAUGAACCCUAACAUCAAGAUUGUGAGGGGAUUAGGAAUAAUGGGCCAGCCAGAAGAUGGUUUGUACUUGGGUGGUGUAAAAGCCAACAGUGACUCCACGAACUAUUAAGAGAGCGGUGGUUUAACGAAAUCUUCAAGAACAUUCAACGUCACCAUCACAACCACCAACGUCAUCAACAGUCGCCUCAACAUUAUCGCGUGGGUGACAUCAAGGAAGGAAAUCGUGAAAGAUGUGCUAAAAUUUAGAAAUAUUUCCUGUUUUACCGAACAUUCCAGUGGACAUGAUAGUCGGGGACUCUUUAAUUGAAGCAGAAUUAACCAGCACGAAAUUCCAAGGACAGACAUUAAAACUAUUCGUAAUGCAAAGAAUAAAAUGGGGAACGCACUUGUUAGUAUAGCUGACUAUUUUACGACAUCAUAGGGUAAUUAUAAAUACAUUAAAUUAAUAACUUCUGGCAAAUCAGGGCAAGUGUGUGCUGUGUUGAUGUUAACACUGUUUACUUGGCAAGUGGCAUCUUUAAAACUAACAGGAAGAAAAGAGACCCAUAUUUCUCAUUCAUUUGUCGCCGACAAAUUACCUUUUACGUGUGAAUUAAGUCACUGAUGCCUCAUCAUUUAACGAGCGAUCCAAUGGAACUGAUUAUCACAUAGAUUAAGGAUAUUUGUGAAUGUAUCAUACAGACAAAGGCAGGUGAAGAUAAUGUGAUACUCAAGGUAGUGGAUCACAGAGUAAAUUUUUGUCGACAAUUUUCAACGUGGUUAUAGCGAUGGAAGUGUCAGUACCCGCUCCGAUGCCUCUGGACUUCAGUAUCACGGUGAAGUCCCGGCAGGACCCAUCGCCCUCGAGUCCGGCGGCCAGCGGGCUUGUCCUUCCCGCCAGCGUCGCCUCGUCCAGCGCCGGACUCCUAAAACUGCUCAAAGAAACGGGGGUUGCGCGAUCCGGAGGGGCUACAUCCUCUGGAGAAUCGAGCAGCGCUUUCAGGGUCGUCACCCCCAAAGGAAAAUGUGAAGGCGCAGCGGCUGGUCUUUCAGGUGGCGGAGGUCAGCAGCAGGUCUCAGCAGGUGGAUCAGGUGGGGUACCGAGCCUGUUUCCUUCUCUGCCAGGACCCCCGGCGGGACUGGGUUUCACAACAUACUGCAGUCGAUUGUGGGGUGCUCCGUUCCUGCCCAUGAUACACCGAUAUCCUCCUCUGCUUCCGGGGCCGCCAGAAGGCUCCAACACUAGCAAGGACCGUGACGCCAUCAAAUUCGGCGUGAACCGACUGAUGGACAGGGUGGAUAAGGAAGACGUCGACGUCUGCCGCAAUAACACCAGCAGGAGUGACGUCACUACCAUGACUGACAAGCUAUGCAGUUACGACAGCGGGGAGGAGCAGCGGUCACCCAGCAUAGCAUCACCCAGACUCGGCGGCAACCUGCAUCAGGAUACGUGGAGUCACGACAGGUCGCAACCCACGUCACCAGAACUAGAAGUCGACAGCCCCCCGAGGUCCCCAGAAGUCAACACAAGGUUAAAAAGUCCUUCACCAAGAAGACCUUCGUCAGUAACCGAGGUUAACGUAACAAAAACAGAAGUUACGCCCAUCAAGAAAUCUGAGACUUUCAGUGUAAGCGCUUUACUUAAGCCUGACAUUCCUCGAAGUCGAAGAUCGCCUUCGAGAGAUUCAUCGGCUUUGAACCAUCGCGGAAACAACGGCGUGGGUCAAUCAUUCUCAGAGACGAUUUCAGUGACGCGGUCUUUUAUCUACCCUGGGCUACCUUUCGCCGAUCUUCUAAUGCGUGACGGUUUCAUUAAAAACCAACACCACGAAAGCGACCACCAUCAUAAUCAUCACGACUACCCUGGCAGUUCACCUUCGAGUUUUUUUCCAAGGCAUUUUGUAGGUCCUGGUUUUGGUAUUCCUCCAGCUCUUUACCCAAGCAUGUCAACAGCCGGGUUGUCAGCAACGUCACUUCCGGGAAGUGCAGGUGGGUGUGGCAGUAGUGGGCAAACGACGGGAAACAUCUCCAAGAACGAACUUAUGGAUGGUAACAGGAACUUUCUGACGUCGCCCGCUGUGGGUUCGUUGUACUUCAGUUUAGGUGCCGUUCAAGCAGCGGCAGCAGCUGCAGCAAUGGCCAAUUCUUCGUCUUCAUCGGUGUCUUCCAACGCAGGAAGUGCUGGCAGCACAGGCAGUGGGAGUCAUCCCUCGUAUCCCUCAGAGCAUCCGAGCCAUCACCCCACGGCUGAGGAGUUGUUCCGUCUGAGGAACCACUUCAUGGCCGCAGCGGCCACUACCUCACCUGGAGGUCCCGGUUCGCUGCCUCACCAGCACGUGGUACCAGGCGGACCGGAUCACCACCACCAUCACCACCACCUCCUGAUGAGGGGUCCCGGUGUGGUGCCUCUCGGAGACGUAUACUCGUGCAUAAAGUGUGAGAAGAUGUUCUCCACGCCACACGGGCUCGAGGUUCACGCCAGGCGCUCUCACAACGGCAAAAGACCCUUCGCCUGCGAGUUAUGCAACAAGACCUUCGGCCAUGAGAUCAGCCUUAGUCAGCACAGGUCAGUUUAUGCUUUUCAGCCUCAAGUUAAUUUACAAGGCCACGACUCCUCAAGACUCUUGGCAUUUAGUACCUACUCCGUAUCCUGUAAGUUACAGGAAUGUCUUACAUUGCAAUUGUUCGUUAAUAGUGAUGUUGGACGAACUGCUUUGUAUUCUGGAGGUACCCGGUUCAAAUUCUGA